AUGGGGGCCAGUAAGGGUGAGCUGAGUUGCACUCGCAUUGCGCCCGUCCUAGUUACUUCUGCGGUGAAGGGAUGUCAGAUCAACACAGAAGCGCCAACUUCACAGCAAGCUAGAAGGCAAAAUAAGCCAUCUCCAGAGUCGCACCUACUAUUUAACACUUGCCGCCGAGUGACCUUCCUCUCUCAACAAGCACCCACACAUGUUGCUGCCGCUAAACUGCCUUCCUCUUCCAAUAGCCACCGCAGCUGCUACCGCCGCCAACUUCCCUUCCUUCUCCAGCAGCCAACCACAACUGCUGCUCUGUUCAGCAUCGCAGGACCUGCCGGCCUUUCCCUUCCAUCAAUCGCUCGCAUUUGCUACUCCCUCCAGCGCCACCAUCGUAUACUGUCAUUCUUCCUUCAGCAUUUGCCAUCCUUCCUACCCCCUUGUCAGCAGUCGUUGGACCCUCCUGCCUCUUGCAGCCGCCCACCAUCAGGCAUUCCACGUGCUGUCACACCUUCCAGCCACCGGCCAGCAUCCACCUCAUGGCUGACGCCCAUGGAUAUUCUCUUGGAUCUUAUGUGUUAUCCCGAUGGAGAACUAUGAUUUCUUUGUGUAGGACGUUGAUAACUUGAAGAUGUACACUCUCUCCCAAGUAUUUUUUCAAGUUGCAAUUUGGCUAGGAUGUUGUUAAAAGGUGUAGCUUGGCUAAGAAAUGGUUUAAAGACAUUGUUUGAUCCUCAGAACUCUAAAAGAGGUUGAAGAGGUUUUGGGAGAACUUUGGGCAUCUUCACUCAUACUAAUUUUCCUUUAGACUUGCAAGUCGAAUGUACAUUUUUAGCAAGUGCUCCUGAUAUUAUAAAGCUAACUUUGUAAUGGUCUAAGCUCUUGAUGCGAUGUGAUUUUCUUGUAAAAUGCUGAAAACAGUAGAUCUGUAUCCUGUGAUGGUUGGUGAUGGCCUUUUCAUGAACAUAAAAUAUUAGUAUUUGGUUUCGUUGUACGUUGUUUGAAUGUAGAAAACAGUAGUUCUGUAGGAGGAUAUCUAAUCAGAAUGUACCAUUAUAGUAUUAUCGGUGGUUUGAAUGCUCAAUUAUGGUUUCAUUGAAGUUUGUUUAGAAUGGCCGCAGCUUCAAAAUGUAGGAUUUACAGUACUGUAUAUGUUGAGAUUGGUGGAGCCUGGUCCACUGUUGAUUAAGUCAGCUAAUUAAUUUGUUUCUUAAGUAAUUCCUUUGUUGCUUCUCCUGUGCCUCAUUUGGAUCCCGCCACCGUUAUUCGCGAUUUCCUUUAUCUGCUUCCGAUUUGUCCGGCAUUUCCUCUAUCUGCUUCCGAUCUCUCCCGCUCUUGGGUUCGCGAUUUAAGGCAACAGCAUUAUUUGGGCCGAAGCAGAUAUAGCAAGGGCUGAUUCCAAUUUGAGUUGGGAUUUGAUUCGCAAGGCUGUUUCUGAUUUCCUUCUAUUUAGGCAAGCUACAAUAAAUCCUUCUUUGGCCUGAACAAGAAUAAGAGGGCCCAUGGUUACAGGGAAGAAAAUUGACAUAAGAAUUACUCUCCAACAGGCUUCUCUUCUUGGAUUCCUCCUCAUGUGUGGUGGCUUACGGCAGAAGAAAAAGGAGUAGCUUGUUCUUGCUCCUGGCUUAUGCCUUCUUCAUGUGUGGUGCUCACGGGUAGUGAACAAGAGAUAAAAAGAGAGGCGAGGAAAGAGAGAAAGAACUCUUUCUUCUAAACAUCGAGGAGAUCAACAGGUGCUAUCCUCAAGCUAAUAAAUUACUCUGCA